AAGCUUACCAAAAUUGAGGAGGAGAAUUGAAAGCCAAGAGAAACAAACGGAAAAGAAAGCACUGAUGAUCACACGCAUACACACACAUACAAAUUCCUCCAGAAUUUAUUGAACUUCAACCAAGCAAUCUCUUUGGUGAAGGAAGGGGAAGGACAUGGCGAAGCUGGUGGCAGUCCAACACCAAAACCACCCUUCUUUCUCCCUCCUCCAUUCCUCUUCCUUCUCCGACUUCAAUGGCGCCCGCCUCCACACCUCCGUUCAGUACAAGAGGAAGUUCGUGCAGCCUAAAGGAGCAUUACAUGUUAUUGCUUCGAGCACCAAGAAAAUCCUCAUAAUGGGAGGCACCCGUUUUAUCGGUGUAUUCCUGACAAGACUCCUUGUCAAGGAAGGCCAUCAGGUGACUCUAUUUACCAGAGGGAAGGCACCUAUUACUCAACAAUUACCGGGCGAAUCAGAUAAGGACUAUGCAGAUUUCUCCUCUCAAGUAUUGCAUUUGAAAGGAGAUAGGAAGGACUUUGAUUUCGUAAAGUCGAGCCUCUCAGCAGCAGGAUUUGAUGUUGUAUAUGACAUCAAUGGCCGUGAAGCUGAUGAAGUUGCCCCAAUCUUGGAUGCCCUCCCGAAUCUUGAACAGUACAUUUACUGCUCUUCAGCUGGUGUCUACCUCAAGACUGACACUCCACCUCACUAUGAGUUUGAUGCAGUAGAUCCAAAGAGUAGGCACAAGGGAAAGCUCGAGACAGAGAGCUUGCUCGUGAAGAGGGGAGUCAACUGGACUUCUUUAAGGCCUGUUUACAUCUACGGGCCCCUGAACUACAACCCUGUUGAAGAAUGGUUCUUCCACCGCCUCAAAGCGGGCAGGCCAAUCCCUAUCCCGAACUCCGGGCUGCAAAUUACCCAACUCGGGCAUGUUAAGGAUCUGGCGAGGGUCUUUGUUGAAGUUUUAGGAAACGAGAAAGCCAGCAAGCAAGUGUUUAACAUUUCAGGAGAAAAAUACGUGACCUUUGAUGGUCUAGCAAAAGCAUGUGCCAAGGCUGGUGGAUUCCCUGAGCCCGAGAUCAUUCACUAUAAUCCCAAGGAAUUCGACUUCGGCAAGAAGAAGGCUUUUCCAUUCCGUGACCAGCACUUCUUUGCAUCGGUCGAGAAAGCCAAGAGCGUCCUGGGGUGGAAACCCGAGUUCAACCUAGUGGAAGGGCUCGCAGACUCCUACAAUCUCGACUUUGGCCGAGGCACGUACCGCAAAGAGGCCGAUUUCUCAACGGAUGACAUGAUCCUCGGAAAGAGCCUAGUGCUACAGAGCUAAAUUCAAACUCACCAAUUUUCUGUGUAUCAACACCUCAUGGGCCUUGCCUCUGUUCUCUGUUUAUGGAUGUGGAAAUUGGAAUCCCUCCUCAUAUCCAUGAGCCCAAACUGAAGUUUUAGGAAUUUGAGAUGGAAAUGAAGGCUUGAAUUGCUUCAUCCUCCUCCUGCUCUGAAAAUUCUGAUUGGGCAUUCAAGAAUUUUUGGUCACAUCAUCUCUUGGUUGAAUCCUUAGAUUUUUGGGCCAUGAGAUAUUGUUCCUUAUGGAUCUUUGGUUGAAUUC